AUGUCUGGUGGUGGAGGAGACAGAGAUCAUCCUCAUCCAGAACCCCAAGAAGAUAACAGUAACAGUAUUGGCAACGGGGGAUUACACUCUUCUUCUUCUCGCCACAAGAUCGACACCCUCAGGGAUUCAAAGAUGGCGGAGGCGGCCGCAGCAGCGGUUGCGAGGCCUCAAGAGCUCACUCUGAGCUAUAUGUGUGACAACAAUCAGCCCAAGCUGGGUCUGGGGUUUGGCCAAAAGGGGAAAGAAGUCGUCUUCUCUGCAGAUGGGUGUUCGGAUCUUCAUCAGGAGAAGUGGGUCGAGAGGGAUUUCUUGAAUCUCAGCGAGACCAAGUCCAAUUCCUCCUCCAAGAGAAAUUCGCGCGAUGAGGAUGCAGAGGAGGAGGAAGAGGCCGGGAUGGAGAUUGAGAAGAAGGAGAAGGUGAAGGAGAAGAAGAAGCCCAAGCUUGAAGGGAGUCUUAACUUGUCUUUAGCUCUCCCUGACGUUUCUCUCUCGUUGACUGCUGCUGCUGCUUCCAACGCUCUGCAAAAUGGGGUCAAACCGAAGCCUGUUGCGGGUUUUGUCGCUUCUGCUUCUGUAGCUCCUGCGCCUUCAUUCAACAAUACUCAGACGACUUGCUCGGAUGAUUUCACGGCUCCUUAUUCGCUUUCCUGCUCAUUUUCGCAUGCUUUCUCCCACAACCCAAGUUGCUCCAUGACCCGUAAUUCUACUGAGAAUUAUGAUUACUCUGUUGGGAGAGACGACCCGAUUUGGUGUGGUGGGGAAGGAACUAAUGGCUCUGUUCACAGCAGGUUUAGGCCCAUUGGGGAAGGAAUUCUUGCUCUCCACAACAACAACAAUGGAGGAAUUAAUGGGGGAUUUGGUAUGCUGCAAGGUAAUCGUGUGUCAAACAAGGAAUCCUGCAUUAACAAUAGUGUUGGUAGAGCUACUAGUUCUGAUAACAUUUCGUUUUUUCCAUCGGAAUUGCCGGCUAGGCCACGUAUGGAUACUUAUCCGGCCGAUUUCAGGAAGAGAGAAUCUGAGAAUAUGAGAGGUUUGGAGGAUGGAGAUGGUGGUGGUGGAGGGAGAGGUAGGAAUCAGUUGUCCAGACCAGAGAGAAUUGUGCGUGAGAUUGUGUCGGAGUCUGUUCCUGUGAUGGCUCAAAUCAUUCAGGAACUUACUCAAGAGAUGUUGAAUUCGAUUAAGGACUAUGUCAAAAGUCUAGUUUCAAUGGCCGACAAGAGAGAGGAGUUAAUAAGCCUUCAGAGCCGUUUGGGUAGAAGGUCUGAUCUAACCAAGGAAUCACUUUUGAAGUGCCAAAAGGACCAACUAGAGAUAUUGGUUGCAGUGAAAAUGGGACUGGCGAGUUCUGUGUCGGGGAAAGUUCGUCUUGCUACGACUGAGCUGAUAGAGAUGUUCUUGUUUGUUAGGUGUAGGAAUGUGAACUGCAAGAGUAUAUUGCCUGUCGAAGACUGUGAGUGCAAGUUUUGUUCGGCCAACAACGGGUUCUGUAGCUCUUGCAUGUGCCCUGUGUGUAUGAAGUUUGAUUGCGCGAGCAAUACUUGUAGUUGGGUUGGUUGUGAUGUUUGUUCACAUUGGUGCCAUGCUGCCUGUGGAAUACAGAAGAAUCUAAUCAGGCCAGGGCCUAGCUUGAAGGGUCCACCGGGUACUAAUGAGAUUCAGUUUCAUUGUAUUGCAUGCAAUCAUGCGUCCGAGAUGUUUGGGUUUGUGAAAGAUGUAUUCACUUGCUGUGCUAAGGAUUGGGGAUUUGAAACUCUGUUGAAGGAGCUUGAUUGUGUGAGGAAGAUUUUCAAGGGGAGUGAUGAUUUUAAAGGGAAAGAAUUGCAUACCAAAGCUGAUGGGCUGAUCUCCAAGCUUGAAAGCAAACUUAUAUCUCCUUCAGAUGCUUGCCACAUCAUUCUCAAGUUCUUUGACUAUGCAGAUCGCCUACCAGAUUUCCCAGCAGGACCCUCUGCCAAAGAAAUGAUGCCUCGUAAUACCGAAUCCAGCUUUAGAAAAGAAGCAGCAACACCAAUUCCUCAACACUCUUCUCUCCCUCCCAGAUAUGCCACUUACAACAACAACAACAUUAACAAUUCCAACAACGACACAAACAACAGUGUAUCGGGUUCUUCAACUGGCCGACUGGGCAAUGAACUACUGAAAACUGCCCUACUGCGCGGUGACCUGAAGAUUGAAGAUGAGUAUCGCCUAGCAGCAAGGAAAGAUGGGUUUGAGAGCUUGGAGACCAUUGUCAGGAUCAAAGAAGCUGAAUCCAGGAUGUUCCAGAGCAAGGCCGAUGAGGCGAGGAGAGAAGCUGAAGGCUUGAGGCGGAUGAUUCAGAUGAGGACGGAGAAGUUCGAGGAUGAGUAUGAGCACAAGCUCUCGAAACUUAGCCUGCAAGAGACCAAUGAAAAGAGGAAGAAGAAGCUGGAUGAGCUUAAGAAAUUGGAGAACUCGCACUGUGAUUACUACAACAUGAAGAUGAGAAUGCAGGCCGAGAUUGCUGGGUUGCUGGCGAAAAUGGAAGCUACAAAACAGCAGUGGGUUUAG